AUGGAAGAUAUUGCAGCAUUAACCGCUGAGGAGGUCCUUCAUGCUCGUGAAACGUUCUACAUUGGGGGACAAUAUUUGACGGAUGAGGAUGGAAACCACUCAAUGCAUGGACAGAUGUAUGUAGAACAUCUCCAGCCCAGACCCGGCCAAAAGACCAAGCCGUUUCCGGUCCUCUUCAUCCACGGAGGAACUCGCACAGGACAGGACUGGAUCACAAAACCAGAUGGCGAUCCUGGCUGGGCAUCAUAUUUCCUCUCCCAAGGCUACGAGGUCUACGUUGUCGACUUGCCCUUCCGGGGCAGGAGUCCCUGGUUGCCCGGAGCCGAGAAAGUUGUCGCAUACCCCGCAGAGCAAAUACAAAAAAUGUUUACCGGGUGCAGCAAGUACAGGCUCUGGCCGCAGGCUGAGCUGCACACACAAUGGCCCGGCAACGGAGUGAUGGGAGACACCAUCUUCGACCGCUUUUAUGCCUCGGGAGUGCAGAUGAUUGCCGAUCCAACUGUGCAGGAGGCGGCAUCGCAGGCGGCGUGCACGGCUUUGGUCGAUGCCAUCGACCGGCCGAUUAUUGCUGUGGGCCAUUCGGCCGGCGGGCCCAUCCUUUGGUACGCAUGGGCAUUACCCGGCCCGCGGGUCCCACGGGUACCCGCGAAAUGGGUCGGGUAG